AGAUUCUAAUUUUGUUGUAGUCCCGCUUCUAAUGAUGGAAGAUGACUGAAACAGUUAGCUUGUUUUUGGCCAGCAAGUAGACAUCACCGCCCGUUAUCUGGCACUAAUGUGCUGAAACACGGGCUGAGAGAGACCACUGCUGGAGCUGCACAGAUGGUCCAUCUAUCGGGUUCGGCAUGUUCACUACAUAAGCUGGACGGCAGACUGGUCUAGGUGUAGAAUGCUAAUAACAAACGUUAGCAUGCAGUGGAAGAAGUCGCUUUGGGUGGAUGCAAGGUUGAAACUCUCAGGCUGAGGCAACAGUGUCACCAUGUACCAGAGCAAUAACAACCCCAUGAAGUCCAGCUGCAACAGCAGCAUCACUGAGCUGUUGAGCGCCUUGUGUGACUGCAGCCUCUCUGGGGUGUCAUGGAAGCGUCGAGCUCUGGGAGGAGUUUCCAGAGAAAGUUUCCACAGAUCACUCAAGAAGCGUGCCUAUGGAGCCCUGUUGUCAAAACUAUUUCAAGAUGGCACCAAAGGGUCUUCCUCAGGACCGAGUGCCACAGCGAAUACACCACCCAGAAACAAAGUCCUGAUGAUAAGUUUUGACUUACGGGUGGCCGGCUGCCGAGAGGAGGCAGAGAGACUGGAGGAGCAGCUGGAGAUGCUGCCGGAGGGAGCAUCCUCUGGUCUGAAGGAAGUAGACGCAGUGCUCGAGCUCCUGGUUCACCUGGCUGGUUCGGCACCUCCACCACCAACCUCUUUCAGCAGAGACUACAUGAGGCUAGAGAGACCCGUGCUGAGGAGGCCUCGGCCCUGGAGCUACCAGAGUGAGGACUUGCAGAGACUAGAAGCCCAGGCAUGGGGCCUCAUGUGUGGGGAGGAAUGGGGGACUUUGGAGAGUCUGUAUGGAACUCAGAGAUUGAUGGACGCUCCGCCGGGCACAGGACUGCUAGCUUUAAGGACUAAAUUGGAAGUGGAAGAAAGAUUUGAGAAGGAGACCAGGCUGACGCUGUUUGGAGCACUGCAACACACUCGCACCUCAGACAUAGACAUCAGACUGGACCUGCCUCCUAUACCCAGUAAUAUUGACGUAACUGGGUUGGCUAUCAGGGUCCCCCACUGUUUAGAUCAGUCUGAGGAUGAGGGCUUCCAGUCAGCCUCCAACCUGACCCCAGACUCUCAGUCAGAGCCCAGCUCCAUCCCAGACAUUGAUAUCUGGGAGGCUCUCCGUACGUUUGAGCCUGGAAGACGUCGCUGCUGGGAGUCUGUUGGCUGCCCACCAGGGAAAAGGGAAUCUUUUUAUCUCACAGAGGGAGGCAGGGAGGCCUUUGACCAGCUCUAUCGGCUGUGGGAGGGGGAGAUGAGGGUGGUGAGCACAAGUACCCCCUCUCCUGUCCUUCCACUGCCCCUGGACUCUCAGAAGCAGCUGGUGUCUGACCUCCUCAAUGUGCUGAUUGGAGUGGCCUCCACUACCUUCCCCCUCAACCAGAGCGUUCAGUUUGACGUCAGGCCUGGCGUGUGCGUGUCCGGAGCCUCUCCAGAGAGCGUGUCUCGUCUCUUGGGGGAACUGGCCCAGUAUGGCACCUACUACUUGAGACUUAGCCGCUUUUCUCUGCAGAGCGCCGACAAGAAGGGCCUAGUAUUCCAGGCAUUCACCGGCGGUCUGAGAAAAUAUCUGCAUUACUACAGGGCUUGUGUUCUGAGCACUCCGCCCACGCUCAGCCUGUUGACAAUCGGCUUCCUCUUCCGCAAAGUGGGCCGCCAGCUCAGGUACCUGUCGGAGCUUUGCUGCGUGGAUGGGCCUUUGGGUGCAGGCCAGGCUACCUUUCCUGUGGGUGUUAAACUGCUGUCCUACCUGUACAAUGAAGCCCAGAAUAACUGCAGCAACGAGAACUAUCCCGUGCUUCUGUCGCUGCUGAAAAGCAGCUGUGAACCUUAUACACGGUUUGUGUCUGACUGGGUGUACAGCGGCGUGUUUCGAGAUGUUUAUGGAGAAUUCAUGAUCCAAGUCAACGAGGAAUACCUCAGCUUCAGAGACAAACACUUCUGGGUUCAAGGCUACACUCUGAUCUCAAAGGAUGUGGAGGAUUGUGUGCCAAUCUUCCUGAGACACAUUGCAAAUGACGUGUACGUCUGUGGAAAGACCAUCAACCUCCUCAAAAUCUGCUGCCCACAGCACUACAUCUGCUGGUCGGAGCUGCCGGCGCCCCGCAUCGCUGUCACCUUCUCCCUCCAGGAGGUGGAGGAGAUUGAGAGGGACUGUGCAGUGUAUCGGGGACGCAUGGAGAGGAUUGCUAAGCACAGCGCCAUCAGCAGGGAGGAGCAAGUCCUCCGAACAGAGCAAGCACGCCAGGAGCUGAUCAAUCAGGUCAGAGAGUCAGCAGUCAAAACCCUGGAGAGCAUCCGUGGGCGCCAGGUGUCGCAACGUCUGGCUGAGGAGGCCAAGAAGAGGGAGCGUUUUGAGGAACUGAAACAGCACUUGGAGCAGGAGCAAGAGUGGCGGAGCGCGGCCAAGAAAAAGCAGGAGGAAGAUGACUUCAGCUUUGCCAGAGAGCUGAGGGACAGAGAAAAAAGACUACAAGCCCUGGAGGAGCAGCUGGAGCAGAGAGCCAGGAGGGAGCUGAUUGCUCAGUACAGCCGUCUGUCAGAAGAAGCAGCUCGCAGAGAGAGGCGGGCCAUGUGGAGAGUGCAGCGAACGAGACUGGAUGAAGCCCGAGCUCAGUUCUUCAUGCAUGACAGGCAGAACACUCAGGCAAUACUGGAGAAAUAUCCUUUGGGGACGGAGAGACCUCCAGAGGAAGUAUUGCCACCUCUUCCCUCAGCCCAACAGCCUGCAGCCAAACCAACACUGGAGUGUCCUACUGAGGAGCUGUCUGAGCUGCAGCCAGCAGAGAUUCAAGAAGCUGAAGCUGUAUCGCCGCCACAUGAUCCAUCUCUUCCAAAUGUCGCUCCCCUUACAGCCGACCCUGCUCUCAUCUCCGAGCACAUCGACAUCAAUGACUUUCUCCCUAAGUCACCGAAGCCUGACAGUCAGCUGAUGGAUUUGGCCCUACUGGCGAUCAGCUCUGACCUACCUCAAGCCUGUCCAACGGCACAGCUAGUAGACUAUGACUUCAGUGCCCCCUUUAGUCCGCUUGAGGGUAUCACCGGCCAACCCUCAGUCCAGCCCAGACCUCGCUGGGGGCCUGUAGUUGAGCCUUACUCGAUCCAGAACCACCCCUCUUUCUCUCCCAUCCCCAUAGUAGAGAAUAUGUCUCAAAUACAGGAGAGCAUCCCUAAAGUCAACCCCUUUGGCCAAGCCUCUGAUUCCAGCUUUGCUCUGGGCCAGUACACCCCAGAGGAGCCCCAAAAUACAAGAGUAAACAAGCAGCCCUCACAAGCUUCAGUGCAGCAAGUAGAUGGAAAUGGCUCGCCAAAUGCUGAAAUAGGGGUUUUGGAAAGUAAAACGGAGGUAAAUGAAGACGAGAGUAAAACUGCCGAUGCUAGAAAAGAUGAUGUGGUUGAUAACGCCUCCUCCACCACAGCAGCACCAAGCGACAAGGAUCCAGGUGAUGAAAAAGCUCCAAUAAAUAUUUCAGACUGUGGUGUGGUGGAGCCGCUAGAGACAAACACUCAAGACCACAGCUCAGAAGCUCACAAUAAAGCCAGUGAAAAUAUUUCUUUGCCAGGCGUUUCGAGUCCCAUCUCCAGUGGCCAUCUGAAGGCUGGAGAGCCGGUUUCAGAUCAAUGUGCCAAUCAGUCCUCUCCCAGCAUCCAUGGACAUUCCUCAGAUGCUCACAUAAAAGUGGGACAAUAUGUGUCAGAGGUACCUGCUCCACUUUCCGCUCCAAACGUGCACGGUCAUGCCUCAGAUUCCCACAUCAAGAUUGGAGAACAUGUUUCAGAGGUCGACGCUCCUCUGCCUUCCUCCAGUGUUCGCGGCCAUUCUUCUGACGCUCAUAUUAAAAUUGGAGAGAAUGUGUCAGAAUUCGUCCUUCCUGUUCCUUCCCAAAACAUCCACGGCCACGUCUCAGAUGCCCACAUCAGAGUCGGGGAGCUUGUUUCAGAUGUAGCUGCACCUCUGCCCUCUCCCAGCGUUCACGGUCACAGUUCAGAUGCUCAUAUAAAAGUUGGGGAGAACGUCUCAGACUUUCGCGAACCGUGUCCUUCUCCCAGCGUCCACGGCCACGCCUCUGACGCGAAUAUCAAAGUGGGCGAGUUUGUGUCCAACAUUCCCAAAGCCAGACCUCGUUGGAGUAAACAUGGGCACUCCUCGGACUGCACUCUUCAGCCCGGCUGUGUGGUGUCUGGAGCAGAACCACUAUUGUCUCCUUUGCCUGGAAGCUCUUACGGUCACUCCUCAGACUCGACAUUAGGUGUUGGAUGUGUAGUUUCAGGAGACGAGCCCAAGCGUUGUCCUCUGCCUGGCAGUGCCCAUGGUCAUUCUUCAGAUUCAAGUUUAGGCAUCGGAUGUGUCGUCUCCAAAAGCGAGACGCUUCCAUCGCCGCUACCGGGCAGCACCUACGGCCACUCCUCUGAUUCCACGCUGGGGGUGGGCUGUGUGGUGUUGGGGACGGAGCCGCAGCCCUCUCCAAUACCGGGCAGCGCUUACGGCCACUCAUCAGAUUCUUCACUCGGCGUCGGGUGCGUGGUGAAGGGCAAAGCCGGCGGAAAUCAGCAGAAAACUAAAGACAAUGAAGACAGCAAAGGUUCUAAGUCGGCGGGCCUCCGUGAGCAGCUGGCUGAGGGCAUGGGGUCCUGGGCUGCCAGCUUGGGGUUGUCCCCUGGGGAAACGUCUGAGCAGGAAUACCUCUUGGCUCUGUCUGCCCAGUACCAGGUGGAGCACUAUGAAGACUGCUACAACCUAAUGGCCUCGUCCCCUGAGUGUCAGCUGCUGAAGCAGGUAACACGGGGCCCCUGGGGUCUUCCUAUGGACCCCACACUCCGCAGAGCCACCGACACCACAGCUGUCCAACUCAGCGAGAUGGUUUCCCUGCCAGUUCUGAUAAAACACUCCGUCACUGCCCCGCUCAUCACGCACGUAUCUUUGGUGAACAAGGCAGUGGUGGACUACUUCUUUGUGGAAUUGGGGGUGGAGAGACACUUUGAGGCACUGCGGCAUUUCCUGCUGAUGGAGGACGGCGAGUUUGCGCAGUCCCUCAGCGACCUGCUCUUUGAAAAGCUGGGCAGUGGCCAAACUCCAGGCGAGCUGUUGACCCCUCUGGUGCUGAACUCCAUCCUCAGUAAGGCCCUGCAGUACAGCCUACACGGAGACACCCCUUUAGCCGGCAACUUCACCUUCGCCCUUCGCUUCCUCCCCGAGACCUUCCACCCCCACGCCCCGGACUCUCUCAACUGUUUGGAGCUGCGCUACAAGGUGGACUGGCCGUUGAAUAUCAUCAUCACAGACAGCUGCAUGAACAAGUACAACCGUCUGUUUUCGUUCCUGCUGCAGCUCAAACACAUGGUGUGGAGCCUCCGCGACGUCUGGUUCCACCUCAAGAGAACAGCGCUGGUGAAAGGCGCGGGUCGCUCGGUGCAGUUCCGUCAGCUGCAGUUGUACAGACAUGAGAUGCAGCAUUUUGUCAAGGUGAUCCAGGGAUACAUCGCCAAUCAGAUACUACAAGUGUCCUGGAGCGAAUUCACCGCCAAGCUGGCCACUGCCAGCGACCUGGAUGCCAUCCACCGCACACAUGCAGACUACCUCAACAGAGCCAUCUUCAGAGGUCUGCUGACGGAGAAAGCGGCUCCGGUCAUGAAUAUCAUCCACAGCAUCUUCAGCCUGAUCCUCAAGUUUCGGGCCCAGCUGAUCGCACAGCCCUGGGACAGCCAGCAGGGGGAGGCAGUGCACCCUAGCUUUAUUGCCAUGCAGCAGUCAUACAACACCUUCAAGUAUUACUCUCACUUCCUUUUCAAAGUGGUGACCAAGCUGGUGAACAGAGGUUAUCAGCCUCAUUUAGAGGAUUUCCUGCUUCGCAUCAACUUCAACAACUACUACAAAGACUCCUGAGCUGUGUUAGGUGUGUAUGUUCUUCUGGCCUUCAUUUCAGUGUCCAAAAUACUUUUAAAAACCCACCCGUACUGUCUAUGAGGACAUGGAUGUGACACUGAAAACCGUUCAGGCAUUCAACCUGUAUCAAGAUGCAGGAUUUAAACUACAUGUCUGUGUGCUUGGGUAAUUAAGACUCUGCCUCUAUUAUAAAUGUAUAUGCAGCCAGUGUGUGUGUGCGACUGAGAUGAAGCUGUUGCCUCUUGUGAUGCAUCCCAUGUCCAGGUGUGCCUACAGCUGUGUAGCUUUUAAGAGAAUAUGAAUAAAAUGUCAGUGUAAUGUAAAUACAAAAGCAAAAUGCUGUGUUUAUAAUAAAUUCUCUAUGCUCUA